AUGUCUACAGCUGUCGCAUCUGUCGCAGCGCCGCUCGCUCCGCCUCCAUCCGAACUGGGCUCGAGUCCUCAGUCAAGCUUCCCAACCCUCGCUCCCACACACACACCUGCUUCAGCCGAGCAAAGGUCUGCGUCAGCCACCUCCCGAACCACAUCGCCCAACGCUCCUGUCGUGCUUAGUGAAGCUGCGGCAAAGCAGAAAUAUACCCCGGAAGGGAAACGUUCACCAAAUUCCGCAAGGCAUGGGCCGCCCAAGAUUAUUGUGAAGAAGGAACCGCCUUCAUCACCAGAGGUGCCUGCUACCUCCAGGCACAGGCCAAGGAAAUUGGACUUGUCUUCAAGUACAUCCCAAAGCCAGGCUGCCAUGUCAUCGAGGCCAUCGGCGCCAUUGACAGCGAGAGAGAGUGGAGGCCUGGCCAUGGUUGAUGUUGGACUAGCAUGUCUGUCACCUGGCUUCCAGACCCAGGAUCCUACUAUGCAGCAACAAUUGCAGAGAAGCAUAUCCGUUCGAGAUCAACAAAGGCACAUCAUCGAAUCACGAUUACAGAAAACCGCGAAGCCUACUGAUCCGGAUGGGAGGAGCACUUCGGAUAAUCCGUUCGGUGGGGGCUUGAAGACACCCUCGACGUCAAAGAAGAGGCCACCCAAUGGCUUGUCCAUAGUCCCGCCAUCCCAUGAACAAUUCGCCAAUGAAAGAGUCAUCCAAUCGGCACCUCUCCAUCAAAGCUUUACCGGCAGGCAUCAGCAUCCUAUGACUCGACAUAUCGCGAACCAACCCUCCAAUCUCUCCAACACUUCUCAUAUUCACCACGUACCCGCAACUCAAACGAACAAUAGGCUACCGCCAAUUUCGGAUGUCUUCGCUGGCGAUGGUCUUGGUAUGCACAGGAGAGAAGGCCAUUACCAAUCCAACUCCAAUUCCAAUUCUUCUCAUUCCAACCACCGCCCUGCCUUCCCCUCUCCUGGUCUCCCACCACCAUCAUCACACCCUCCUCCGUCUAGUCGAGCUCGAGAUUACCGGUCAGCAGAAGAGGCAGUAGCCGAGAUGGCUGGUGGCAGAGAAGAUUUGCUUCCAAAGAUAGUCCACUACAGUGGCCACCAGCCGCCCACGCCCCCUUCUCCUCCAUCGAAUCAUGGUGCGACACCCGGCAAGCCUCCGAUCAAUCUUGUCAACGGCGAGUCCAGCCGGAGCGGCCAUGGCCGGAGACGCGGCCGAGCAGAAUACGAACGGGACAUGGGCACACCUCCUCUCGGCAGUGGACCCGAGCCCCGGCGCGGGCCAUUUGGACUCGGCAUAGACAGUCCAGAAACGCAACGAAAGAAGAAGGAUGAAUUUUUGGGUUUGUGUGCCAGGGCCUGGGAUUUGUUCCAUUCUUGA